AUGCCAUUCGAUACUAUUGUUAGUUUUGGUGAUUCAAGUAUCGAUACAGGAAAUGUUUAUAAUUUAACAAAUCAUCCAUGGCCUAUUGUACCUCCAUAUUUUCAAGGUCGAUUUUCGAACGGUCCUGCUUGGAUAGAAAAAUUAGGUAUAUUGAAUAUAAAAAAUUAUGCAUAUGGAGGUGCAACAACUGAUAAUGAUUUUAUUCAAGGUUAUACAGCAUCAGAUACANAAAGUCGCUAA